CGAGAGGUAUUAUGCCGGAUUCAAAGACACGUAGGUAUGUCCGAGUGACUCGUUUUACGUUUACCACUUCCACAGGCACUCGUGUGCCGAACCUCGUGCGGAGAGUGGCUUGUGUGUCCACUUUUUCAAACAACUACUGAGUGACCAUUGGUUUCAACAUUAAGUUUCAUAAGACUGAUCCUGAUAUACCUGACUGAUGAAAACAGAGUUUAAGAUUAUUGUCUCAUAGAAAUUAUUUAUUUCAAAUAUGAAUGAUAAUAAUAGAUUGACAAGUAUGGUAGUAGAAGAGCCUUUACGUGAUAUUGUAACUGAGGAAUUCACGUCUAUUGUGUUUGAAUGUAAAGUAAGUGACUGUUCUAGAAGUUGCAUCUCGUAUAAUUGGUAUAAAGACGGUAAACAAAUCGAAGCCUCCCGCAGAAUUAAAAUAAGCUACGAUGGAAAAUGGCAUAGACUAGAUAUUACAUCAGUUACUUGUAAAGAUUAUGGUGUUUACAUUAUUUUACUGAAAAACAAUUUCAAUGAAAUAUUUUCCAAAGCAAAUCUUUAUGUCAAAGAAAUGAGAAACAAGCAUGGCCACGAUGUUCUCUACAUUAGUCCAAAGUCUCAAAGUUUUAAUGUUACAAGCCAUUUAAGGUGUACGAAAGUAUUAGUAGGUGAUACUAUAGAGUUAGAAGCAACCUUUAAUUCCGAUAUCUUAGAUGACUACUUAUGGUUCAAAAGUAAUCAACCGUUACUUCCAAAUGAACGUAUGAUUAUACUGAAUGAUACAAGAAUGACUACACUUUCUAUAUUGUGUGCCAAAGAGACUGACACCGGUAUUUAUCACGUGGUAUGUAAAUCUGAAUAUUGUGUCGCGUCAAGUAUUGCAAGUGUGGUGGUAAUAAAUACCAACCUCGUUACAUUAAAUACUAGUGAAAUCACCCCAAGUAUAGAUGAACCUCUGCCAGAGGAACUAGAAGUUAAUAUAGGUGAGGAAGGGAGGCUCAUGUGUAAAGUCACUUAUGACGUUAACACUGUAAUUCAAUGGUUUAAAAAUGGAGUAAAACUAGAAGAAUGUGAUAACAUAGCAAUUGAAUAUUACAACAACAGAUAUACUUGUUUAAGAAUAAAAAACACUUGCAUGAAAGAUGGUGGAGAGUACUCUAUUCUAAUGCGAGAUGAAAUAACUGGACACACAGACACAUCCACCUGCUUUUUAACUAUAAAUCAUUCUCCUGCAGACACAUUGAAUUCAGUUCAAUUAAAGACACCAUUACAGCCGAUUGUAGCUUCUAUCGGAUCUAUGAUAACAAUGAAUUGUAGUUUCGUUCUGGAUGAUUCAAAAUAUUACUAUGUGGUUUGGUAUAUUGGCCAUUACAGAGUAGAACGCACAAAUCAUCGAUUUCACGUAGCAAGCAGUGGUGGAGAUUUUUUCUUAUUUAUUAAACAAAUAGUGCCUGGCAUGUCGGGUGAAGUCACUUGUGAACUUCGUAGAGCCUUACCUAAUAGAAAAUCAGUUAGAAUAAAUAGCGUUGCAACAAAUUUAACCAUCGUGCCGCCCGCAGUUAUUGAUCACAAAGUAGUAAAAUUGAAUAAUAUAACUUUCAAACGUAAUAUCUUCAACGCUGGAAAUUCCAAACUCAGUAUCCCUGUUAAUAAUACGAAACCGUUUUCAAAUGGAAUCCAAAAACCCGUAAUUUCUACAAAUGGUUCAAAUCUUCGUAAAGAAGAAAUGGUGAUCACAUAUUGCAGACUGGAUGAUGACAAUUUUUAUUUAGAUAUUACAACUAGCGAUGAUGAAAUUAAUCAUUUUAACCACGUAUCACUCUACGAAAACUAUGUCUUUUAUGACAAUUCUAAAUCCAAGUCUCAGAUUGUGAUUGUGGAAUGGUCCAACACAAUAGUAAAUAGUACAGGAUUCAACGAACCGAAGAAAAAAUGGUAUAAAAUUGAAUUUAGAAAAGCAAGUGACGAAUUUGUUGAAGCAGGUGUUUCAAGCGUACCGAUGCUAGAGUUGAAAGAUCCUCCGUUGGAACAAGUUAUGAAAUUUCGUAUAACUUUGGCAGAAUCGUUACACAAUGCUAACGAAUCAAGAGUUUGUAUAUCACCAGUCGUUCAAGAAUUACAAAGAAUGAACAAGCAAUGCGAGCUCAAACCAAUAGAAGAGUUUAAUUCAAUCUUUACAAAAACCGGUGAUUUAAUUGGGUGUGGUGCAUUUGGAAGUGUAGUUCUUGUUCGAAAUAAUGAAGGAGAAUUUUAUGCUGCUAAAAUAUUGAAAACAAGGACACAAAAAAAAAGAGAUACUGCUUUAAGAGAAUAUGAAAUGAUGAAAAGAUUAAGUCAUCCAAAAUUAGUGGAACUUCAUAGUACGUUUACAGCAAAAGAAUCUUUUAUCUUAGUGAUGGAUUACCUUUGGGGUGGUGAGCUGUUCGACAGAAUAGUAGAAGAAGAACACAUUAAAGAACUUGACGUAGUACCUUACGUGAGACAAAUCUGUGAAGCUUUACAAUAUUUACACAGUUACAAAAUAGUUCAUUUAGAUUUAAAACCGGAGAAUAUUAUUUGCCUCAGCCCGAAUUCUCGACAAGUGAAAAUUAUAGAUUUCGGUUUGGCCAGAGUUUUAGACGAUAGUCAAGUGAGAGCUAUCUACGGAACCAGAGACUAUGUUGCACCAGAAGUAUUAAAUUUCGAACAGUUGACUUUAGCCUGUGAUAUGUGGAGUUUAGGUGUGGUUACUUAUAUGCUACUGUCAGGGGUUAUGCCCUUCAGUGGAGAUAGCUGGCCCGAGCGAUCAGCAAACAUCACAAAAGCGAACUAUAAUUAUCACGAAUCAGCAUUUAAAGAUAUAUCAGAUUCAGCCAAAGAUUUUGUUGACAACCUUCUUAUAUUACAACCCGGAAAACGUAUGAAAGCACCCGAUGCUUUAAAUCAUAGAUGGAUAGUCGAAGGGCCUCCUAAAGGUGCAAAGGCUGGGCACAUGAAACGAACCAGGCAAAAUUUGAAGUCCUAUUUAGCUAAUAAUAGGGCUAGAUGGCAAAAAGCUGGUAACGUUAUGAUAGCGGCGCAUCGCCUACGCAAUGCGGGCAGUCAAAGGAACACAUUGGAGUCUGACCGCGUCUCACCUAGAGUGACUUAGCUGCAAUUUCAGUGAAAACACCAACGCCUGCAAGUAAAGAAGACCAUACUAUGCUCGUUCUGUGGCUAAAGUUUUUUGGCAAAUAAUAAAUCCGAAAAUAUCAUU